UGCGCUCAUCAAUAGGGAGCGCAUUUGAAUAAUGUGUGAGCACUUGGACCGGAGCCAAUCAGCUGUCAGAGGCCCGUGAUAAAUCGCAAUGCAUUAUUGAUAAUAAUAAUUACGUUGACAUGCGCAUUUCUACUUGAGGGCCUAAUUUUCCCGAGCCGAAGAAUUUGUUGAAGAAGGGGAGGAAAAUUGUCUGUAACUCUUUGCUCCCGAUGGUUGCACCAUGUCGAGGCGCAAGCAAGCCAAACCGCAGCACAUCAACUCCGACGAGCCCGGAUCCGCAGAAAAUGGGAUUCAUCGAGAUGAUCAAUCUGAGGACACUGGAAAUGAAAUGAAGAGGCUUAGAAUGGAAGAGACCAGAAUCUGCAAGAAAUGUUGCGCUGAAUUCUUUGACGAAGCAGAAUUCCUUGAGCAUGAGACAAAUUGCACUAAAAGUCAGCAAGUGGUCAUCAUGAGAGAUCAAGAUGGCAAUGACGUGCCGGAGGAAUAUUCACAAGGUUCCCCUGAAGGCCCCAACAGCGACCAUGAUGACAGUCAGUCCAGCAGUCAUUCCCUGUCACAGGCCAAUGCAGACCAGCUGGACAGAGCAGAGGAGGAGUCCAGCAUGAAUGCAGAGGACUCAGGACACCAGGAUCAGGGAGACGUGUCUGCUAGUCCUGAGCUAGCGUUACACCCCUCACCCAAAAUGCAAGAUUCAAAUGUCACUCUUGAACCCAUUGCUGACACUAACACGGCUGUUUCCCAACGUUCUUCAAAUUCAUCUCUGAGUGCAUCACAGGAAGCCCUGCAGGCCAUCCCGGUCAUCUUGGAACAGCUAGUUUGCCUCCAGCAACAGCAGCUGCAGCAAAUCCAGCUCACAGAACAGAUCAGAAUCCAAGUAGCGAUGAUGACCCCACAGGGUCUCCAGUCACCAGUAGUGGCAGCAAUGGACCCCCUGAAAGCCCUCGGUGCACAUCUCUCUCAACAGCUGUCUGCUGCAGCAGCUCUCAUUGGAAAGAGGACCGGCAGUCAGAGCCUUUCCAUGGAGACGAUGAAGCAAGGUAAACUACCUCUGCCUGCUGGCAUCCCUACCUCCCAGAGUGCAGGACUGGCCUCAGUGAAUUCUAAAUCAGACAUUUUGAAGGGUGUUCCUGAUCUGGCCAGCCGUUUGCCAGCGCUGCUGCCUCAGUCGCCAGGCGUCAUAGGUUUCCCAAGCACCUUCAGUGGUAUCCAAGCAGGACUGGAGUCCUCUAAAAAAGUGAAGACAAAGAUGCUGAACCUCCCGCCAGAAUCAAAGAAUGGAGACUCAUUAUACAAGCACAAGUGUAGAUACUGUGGAAAGACCUUUGGCAAUGACAGUGCCCUCCAGAUUCACCUGCGUUCUCACACCGGAGAGAGGCCCUUCAAGUGUAACAUCUGUGGAAACCGCUUCACAACCAAAGGAAACCUCAAAGUGCAUUUCCAAAGGCAUAAAGAUAAAUAUCCUAACAUCAGCAUGAAUCCUCAUCCUGUACCAGAGCACCUUGACAAUAUUCCCACCAGCAGUGGCAUUCCCUUUGGUAUGUCUGUCCCCAUGGAAGAGUCAAAUAUGACCGACGUUAAGCCUAUGCUAGGUCAUCCAGCUGCUGGGUUUAACCCGUCAUCCAUACCGGGAUUCAAACCAUUUGAUGGCUUCGGGAACGACCCAUUUUCCCAGAGACCCUCUCCAUCAACAAGUGACGGCUCCCUGUCUGUGUUUGGUCAAGAGAUGGGACUGGAUCCAAACCAGAAAGAUGCUAAAGAUCUGCUUGGAGCACUGCAUAAUAUGAACAGUAAUGUCCUCCCUGGAGAACAAAGUUCUGGAACAGCGAAACUUCAGCAGAUGGUGGAUGGCCUGGAAAAGAGGACCAACGACCCCAAUGAGUGUGUAAUCUGCCACAGGGUGCUCAGCUGCCAGAGCUCGCUCAAAAUGCAUUACCGCACACACACCGGUGAAAGGCCCUACAAGUGCAAAAUCUGUGGCCGUGCAUUCUCCACAAAAGGCAACCUCAAGGCUCAUUAUGGUGUGCACAGGGCCAACACUCCUCUUAAAAUGCAGCACUCAUGUCCCAUCUGCCAGAAGAAGUUCACCAAUGCUGUGGUUCUUCAGCAGCACAUUCGCAUGCACAUGGGUGGACAGAUCCCCAACACCCCGAUGCCAGAAAACCAGUUUGAAGCAGCACCAGAAGUAAUGGAGCCAUCUAUGCCAGAGGAGAAGCCUGUGGAUGCCAAGGGUUUUGAAGCAAGCAUGGAAGAACACGAGCCAGACCUGAACUCCCAGAAGCUAAAUGAUGCCUCAGAUUCACUCCCAUCUGCCCAUGAAGAACAGCCACAGAAGCACGUAGCCCCUGCAGUGUUUUCCAGCCUAGAUGUUUUGAAGAAUCUCACCUCCGCCCUUGCACUGAAACGACAGAGUAGCACCACUUCGGAGAGCGAGGGAACGUCCAAAGAAUCACCACCGGCUCCCAGAGAGCAGGAAUAUCAGAAUGGCCGCAGUCCUGCAGUGUCUGACUCAGCCAUGUCAUUUCACUCCUCUUCCCCAGUGAACAACAUCAGUAACAAGUCUCCUGAGCCUGCUGUUGAUGAAUUUGCCCAAAAUGAGUCAAAACCAGAGUAUGAUGGCACUCAAGAGGGAACUGAGUCAAGUGGAGCUCUUGACCUCACAGCUUCCAGCAGCUUCAUCCCCAAAGCGAUUAAGGAAGAACCGGGCAUGCCAUAUCCAAAUGGAGAAUAUGCUCCCAGCAACAUGUCCUUCAUGAGGAUACCAUCAAGUCUGGCCAGUCUGGAGAUGAAGAUUCCUCCAGAGAAUCCUCUGGGCUCUCACACUCUGUUCAGCUCCCAUAUGCCUCAGGGAACAGCCAUGCCCUCCAUCUCCCCUGCACAGCGCAGAUCAACCAAACAGCACAUGUGUAACACCUGUGGCAAAAACUUCUCAUCGGCCAGCGCCUUGCAGAUCCAUGAGCGCACUCACACAGGGGAGAAGCCUUUUGCCUGUAACAUCUGUGGCAGGGCUUUCACCACCAAGGGAAAUCUAAAGGUGCACAUCGGCACUCACAUGUGGAACAACUCGUCACGGCGUGGCCAGCGUCUGUCUCUGGAGAAUCCCAUGGCACUGAUUGCAAUGAGCUCCGAGGCAAAGAUAUUGCCAGAGAUCAUGCAGGCCCCCAAAGAGUUGGGCGCUCCACCAAUGAACUUCGACCCAUCUCUGUGGAACCAGUACGCUGCUGCCUUCAGUGGUGGCCUGACGAUGAAGACCAAUGAAAUUUCUGUCAUCCAGGGAGGUGGCAUCCCACUCCCAGGAAGCCCUGCCGGAGGCCCUCUGAUCGGAUCCACCGGAGGCCUCAUGAAGAUGGAUGGAUCCCACUCUGGGCUGCCUGGCACCAUGGCUGAAAUAGAGAAGAACAGCUCCGACAGUGUGCCAAAAUCCCAGUUCCCACAUUUCAUGGAGGAGGGUAAAAUUGCAGUUAAUUAGUUUAUAUAUAUUUUUUUGUGAGAUGUCUCCUUUUUUUUUUUUUUUUUUUUUUUUUUUUUUGAAUGAGGUACAAUCAAUAUUCUGAGAAAUCUUUGUAAAAUUCCACAUGGAUUGUUUGUUUGAAUUUUUCAGUAACAUCGUUGCAGCUCUCUCCCCUCCUGAUCAACUCUCCUCAAGUGUUAUUUUUAGUUGAACUUGAUAUAACUACUGUAGUUUUAUUUUAUAUAAAUAUAUAUGCGGGUAUUUUUUCCUGUGACUUUUUUUUUUUCGUAUUUUGCUGUCUAUCCACAAGUUUGAAUGUAUAACUUACUUGAAACUGCUUUAAUUCAGACUGUCUUCUUGAUACUUUUGAAGGAUGUUGACUUAAAUAGGAACAUUUUCAGGGCAUGAAUUUUAAGGAGAUCAGUCAGGACAUGGUCUCAGUGUUCAGAAAUAAUAUUGUAGUUAACAGUAUGUGUCUAUAAUGACUACUUUCCCUCCUGUUGUGUGCCAUUGGUUUUAUGACAUUGUACAUUUUUGUAGUGGUAAAUGUCAUUCGCUUGUCUCAUUUUGAAGGGGCUUUUGAUCUGACACAUUAUUCCAUUUCCCUGCAUCUUAAAUCAAGGUGCAACUGUUCAGUCAAGAGUUUUUGAAAUUGUAGAUCACAACAUGUUUGUUGCAUUGGUGUCAAGAUACAGUAGUUGACAACUUGUACCUUUUGCCAAGUGCCUAACUUGAACUAAACGUGUUGCUACAAAGGCGAAUGUGUGUUGUACCAUGUGUUGUGGUAUGUAUUUCAAAGUUUUGUCAGUUCACUAAAGUCAAUUUUUCGACCCAUAUAGUUCACUUCUAAAUCUGCAGAGUCAAAUUUCGUUGGCUGAGCUCUGAAGGCAUAUCGUAUGCUUAAUGUUCUCAUGCCUGCACUUUAUAUCAGGUUUUAGUUGCAUUUACAUUUCACUGAUUUUAUUGUAAUGGUUUGACAGGGAAGAGGACAAAUUCACAAUUUUGGCCACUUUUUCUUCCUGCCAGAAGCAACCAUUUAGAAUAAUUGUUAGGCUUUUUUGUCUUGGUUAUCUUAUCAACUUGUAGCAUCAUUAAUUUAUUUCUAAUACACAAAAUGCUUGAGUUUAGGGGGUGAGUUCUACCUCGUUUAGAUUUUAGUUGUCCCCCAUGCCCCUUACACUCAAUGCAAUGAUCUGUACAUUUUCCGAUACAUUCUUUUUCUGGGUAUGCGAUAAGAGUUUUCAUUCUCAACCUGCUGAGUUGAACAGUAAUGAAUGUAUCACUGGACACUUUACACAAUUAGAAUGGUCAGUGUACUUUGUAGGCCCCUGCUGUACAUUCCUUUUCGAUAUGCAUUUGCCAAAUUGUGCCUUUCUUUAGCAAACCAUGUCAGAACUGCUUUCAAGUUGUCUCUACUGUUCAAGUAAUGUUGAGCCAAUUUGAUCUGUUUACAAUGUAAAUGUUAUUUUUGUUUUUCUUUUGAGAUGUUUUCUUCACCUAAAUGUUUUCUGAUUUCAACAAUAAAAUCAGGGUGACUUUUUCAA